AACCGCGUGUUGUGUGUGUGCGCUGUCCUUCCUUCCUUUCCCAGUAGCCAAGAACAAGAAGCAUCUCCUCUCCUCCUCCCUUUCUUCCUCCUCGCAUCCUCUCUUCCUCGCCAAGUUCUCACCAACCAACCCCGCCCGACGCUGCUCUGGACCCCUGCAGGUAGCGACAGCUGUCCAAGACCGGCCAAGAACUCACCCACUCAACAGAGAGAGCGAGAGAGGAGGAAAGGGAAGCGGAAGCAGGGAGAUGGGGCAGGCUCUGCGCAGGCUCUUCGACUCCUUCUUCUCCACCAAGGAGAUGAGGGUUGUGAUGCUUGGUUUGGAUGCAGCUGGCAAAACAACAAUCUUGUAUAGGCUGCACAUGGGGGAGGUUCUUUCAACAGUCCCUACAGUAGGUUUUAACGUUGAGAAGGUUCAGUACAAGAACGUGGCAUUUACCGUGUGGGAUGUUGGCGGACAAGAAAAGCUCAGGCCAUUAUGGAAGAUGUACCUCAGCAAUUCCGAUGCACUGAUCUAUGUUGUUGAUUCUUUGGACAGAGAAAGGAUUGGAGAUGCCAGACAAGAAUUCCAGACCAUUAUCAAGGACCCUUUGAUGGCAAACAGCAUAAUCUUAGUAUUAGCAAACAAGCAGGACUUGAGAGGUGCGAUGAGCCCGGAGGAGGUGAGCGAAGGGAUGGGCCUUCAUGAUCUCAAGAACAGACUAUGGCAUAUACAGGGGACGUGUGCACUCCGGGGUGAGGGCCUUUAUGAUGGGCUGGAUUGGCUUGCGUCCACCCUGAAGCAGUUGCAGGACACAGGCCAUUCUACUUCAGUCGCUGGCCCUUCCAUCUAAUUUCCCCAGCAAAAAGUGCAGUGUCCUUGACGCUCCUUGCCUGACGCCAUGAUCGUCCAUCCAUCCGGUUGAUAUGUUCAUCUCACAAGGAGUAUGCCUGACGGCUCACUGCGGCGGAUGUCAUUGUUACCAGUGUGUUCAUUCGAUACGAGAUGGCGCUGACUCAGCUGACAGCAACUCGGCAGUGUUAUCUUCUUUCUCCUGAGAUGGGCCGCAAAGCUCUGGAUAUCUGUAUGAAUGAAUGAUAAACAGUGGCACGGGAUUGUUUGUAUGUUGUGUAUACCUGAGUUGAGACUUGAGAAGGAAUGGCCCUUGUGCACCAGUUUGCCUAUUAGUAAUAAUAAUUAGAAAAAAAGAAAAAGCAGUUUGGUUA